AUGAAAGGCGGAAGUGCCGCGAAGCUGAUCGUUGAUGCGCUUCUACAGCGAUUUCUUCCCCUUGCUCGGCGCCGUAUCGAAACGGCUCAAGCUCAGGAUGGGCAAUACCUUCGACCAUCAGACCCUGCUUAUGAGCAGGUAUUAGAUUCCCUAGCUAUGAUUGCCCGGCAUACUCCAGUUCCUCUCCUAGAGGCUCUUCUUAGAUGGAGGGAGAGCGAAUCUCCUAAAGGCGCAAAUGAUGCAUCUACAUUCCAAAGAAAGCUAGCUGUGGAGUGUAUUUUCUGCUCAGCGUGUAUACGAUUUGUGGAGUGCUGCCCACAGGAGGGACUUACAGAGAAGCUGUGGUCAGGGCUUGAGAAUUUUGUGUUCGAUUGGUUAAUUAAUGCUGACAGGGUUGUUAGUCAGGUUGAAUAUCCCUCAUUGGUAGAUUUGCGUGGCCUUCUCUUGGAUCUGGUUGCUCAACUCCUUGGUGCCUUAUCUCGCAUCAGGUUUAGCUCAGUAACUGAGCGCUUUUUCAUGGAGCUAAAUACACGUCGGAUUGACACUAGUAUGGCCCGAAGCGAAACGCUCAGUAUUGUCAACGGAAUGCGAUACUUGAAGCUUGGGGUUAAGACUGAGGGGGGCCUAAAUGCAUCAGCUUCUUUUGUGGCCAAAGCAAAUCCCUUGAACCGUGCUCCACACAAGCGCAAAAGUGAGCUCUACCAUGCACUCUGUAAUAUGCUCUCGAACAUCCUAGCUCCACUGGCAGAGGGUGGAAGAAACCAAUGGCCACCAUCAGGGGUACACAAUGCACUUACUCUAUGGUAUGAGGCUGUUGGCCGAAUAAGGAUGCAACUUAUACAUUGGAUGGACAAGCAAAGCAAGCAUAUAGCUGUUGGCUACCCACUUGUUACCCUUCUUCUCUGUCUCGGUGAUCCUCAAAUAUUUCACAGCAACCUAAGCCCACACAUGGAGCAACUUUACAAGCUGUUAAAGGACAAGAAUCAUCGUUUCAUGGCUCUGGACUGCCUUCAUCGAGUUUUGAGGUUUUACUUGAGUGUUCAUGCAGCUAGUCAGCCCCAGAACCGUAUAUGGGACUACCUUGACAGUGUAACUUCACAGCUCUUAGCUGUGGUAAGGAAAGGAACUCUUACGCAAGAUGUACAACAUGAUAAACUUGUUGAGUUCUGUGUAACGAUUGCGGAGCAUAACCUUGAUUUUGCCAUGAACCAUAUGAUAUUAGAGUUGCUAAAACAGGAUAGUAGUCCAAGCGAGGCAAAAGUUAUUGGUCUUCGUGCUUUGCUUGAUAUUGUCAUGUCACCUUCAAGUCCAUAUGUUGGCUUGGAAAUUUUUAAAGGACAGGAUAUUGGCCACUACAUACCCAAAGUCAGGGCAGCGAUUGAGUCAAUUUUGAGGUCUUGUCAUAGAGUUUACAGUCAGGCACUUUUGACAUCUUCAAAAACAACCAUAGAUGCUGUAACCAAGGAGAAGUCCCAAGGGUACCUCUUUCGUUCUGUAUUGAAGUGUAUACCCUAUUUGAUAGAAGAAGUUGGUCGAAGUGAUAAGAUCUCUGAAAUCAUUCCUCAACAUGGAAUAAGUAUUGAUCCUGGUGUCCGAGAAGAGGCUGUACUGGUAUUGAACCGGAUUGUUAAGUACCUUCCUCAUCGCCGAUUCGCAGUAAUGAGAGGAAUGGCGAACUUUAUCCUUCGGCUUCCAGAUGAAUUCCCUCUUCUCAUUCAGACGUCAUUGGGACGUUUGUUGGAUCUCAUGCGUUUUUGGAGAGCUUGUUUGAUUGAGGAUAGAUUAGAUAUUGGUGUUGAUGAUACGAAGCGAGUGCCGCAGAGAAAUGCAGGAUUUAAAAAAUCUUCUUUCCAUCCGACUGAAGCGAUUGACUUUCAUGCAUCAGACAUAGAUGCUGUUGGAUUAAUCUUUCUUAGUUCCGUAGAUAGCCAGAUUAGACAUACAGCACUGGAGCUACUGCGCUGUGUCCGUGCCUUGUGGAAUGAUAUAGCAGACCUGACAGUGUACACGCAGCUGGAUCUUAACUUGAGAACCGAACCAAUAUUUGUUAUUGAUGUCCUAGAAGAACAUGGGGACGACAUAGUUCAGAGCUGCUAUUGGGAUUCUGGGCGUCCAUUUGAUCUGAGACGAGAGUCUGAUGCAAUUCCUCCUGAAGUGACUCUACAAUCUAUCAUUUUUGAGAGUCCGGACAAAAAUAGGUGGGCCAGGUGUCUGAGUGAACUAGUUAAAUAUGCUGCUGAGCUUUGCCCAAGCUCUGUUCAAGAAGCAAAAGUGGAGGUAGUUCAACGCCUUGCCCAUAUUACUCCAACUGAUUUAGGUGGCAAGGCUCAGUCGCUAGACGGAGACAACAAACUUGACCAGUGGCUCAUGUAUGCAAUGUUUGCAUGCUCUUGUCCCCCAGAUAGUAAAGAAUCUGGUGGCUUUCAAGCGGUGAAAGAUCUCUAUCAUCUUAUUUGCCCGUCAUUAAGAUCUGGUUCUGAAGCGAACAUACAUGCAGCUACAAUGGCCCUUGGGCGCUCACAUUUGGAAGCAUGUGAAAUCAUGUUCAGUGAGCUCUCAUCUUUUGUUGACGAGGUUUCUCUGGAGACCGAGGCAAAGCCGAAGUGGAAGAGUCAAAAAUCACGCAGGGAAGAGCUCCGUCUACACAUUGCAAAUAUUUACCGCACUGUUGCUGAAAACAUCUGGCCUGGAAUGCUUAAUCGCAAACCUGUUUUCCGUCUUCAUUAUCUGAGGUUCAUCGAUGACACAACCAGGCAGAUCCUAACAGCUCCCACUGAGAACUUUCAGGAGAUGCAGCCUCUUCGGUAUGCUCUUGCAUCUGUUAUAAGAUUCCUUGCCCCUGAAUUUGUUGACUCGAAAUCAGAGAAAUUCGACCUCAGAACCAGAAAGCGGCUGUUUGAUCUUCUCCUGUCCUGGAGUGAUGACACUGGUAGUUCGUGGGUGCAAGAUGGCGCUAGUGAUUAUCGACGUGAAGUUGAACGGUACAAGUCUUCCCAACAUUACAGGUCAAAAGACUCUGUCGACAAAAUUUCAUUCGAUAAAGAUUUGAGUGAGCAGAUCGAGGCAAUCCAGUGGGCCUCCAUGAAUGCUAUGGCUUCACUCUUAUAUGGACCUUGUUUUGAUGACAAUGCAAGGAAAAUGAGUGGUCGGGUUAUAUCUUGGAUCAACAGUUUGUUUAACGAUCCUGCACCUAGGGCUCCAUUUGGUUACUCUCCAACUCCGUCUCACUCCAAAUACACAGGGGAAAGUGCACGUGGAGUUGCUGGUCGUGAUAGACACAGGGGCAGCCAUCAUCGUGUUGUGCUGGCAAAAUUAGCUUUGAAGAAUCUUCUUCUUACGAAUUUGGAUCUCUUCCCGGCUUGCAUUGACCAGUGCUAUUACUCUGAUGCUGCUAUUGCCGAUGGCUACUUCAGUGUUCUAGCUGAGGUCUAUAUGCGCCAAGAGAUACCAAAAUGCGAAAUACAGAGGCUUCUGAGCCUGAUCCUCUACAAAGUGGUGGACCCAAAUAGGCAGAUUCGUGACGAUGCCCUUCAGAUGCUGGAGACACUUUCUGUUCGCGAGUGGGCUGAGGAUGGGAUGGAAGGUUGUGGGGGGUAUCGAGCCGCUGUUGUGGGCAAUCUCCCUGACUCCUACCAACAAUUCCAGUAUAAGCUUUCAUGCAAACUAGCCAAAGACCACCCAGAAUUAAGCCAGCUUCUUUGUGAGGAGAUAAUGCAGAGGCAACUUGAUGCUGUCGACAUAAUUGCACAGCAUCAGGUGUUAACCUGCAUGGCCCCUUGGAUCGAAAACCUUAAUUUCUGGAAACUCAAGGACUCAGGGUGGAGCGAGAGAUUACUGAAGAGCCUUUAUUACGUCACGUGGCGUCAUGGGGAUCAGUUUCCGGAUGAAAUCGAGAAACUGUGGAGCACAAUUGCUAGCAAAGCCAGGAACAUCAGUCCAGUUUUGGAUUUCUUGAUCACAAAAGGGAUUGAAGAUUGUGACUCCAAUGCAUCUGCAGAAAUAAGUGGUGCGUUCGCGACAUAUUUCUCAGUCGCAAAGAGGGUGAGCUUAUAUUUAGCCCGGAUAUGCCCACAGCGUACGAUCGACCACUUGGUUUACCAACUUGCUCAGCGAAUGUCAGAAGACAGUCUCGAACAAGUCGGCCCAAGUGUGACAACUAAGGGCGAUCCAAGUGCUAGCUUCGUCUUGGAAUUCUCUCAGGGCCCUUCAGCUGCCCAAAUUGGUGCUGUUGUCGAUACCCAGCCGCACAUGUCACCUUUGCUCGUCCGGGGUUCCCUAGAUGGGCCCCUCAGAAACAGCAGUGGAAGUCUGAGCUGGCGGACAUCUGGUGUAACCGGGCGCAGCGUCUCAGGUCCUCUCAGUCCAAUGCCUCCAGAACUAAAUGUAGUCCCAGUGACAGCUGGCCGAUCAGGACAGCUUCUUCCAGCACUAGUGAACAUGUCUGGUCCAUUGAUGGGAGUUAGAAGCUCCACAGGAAGUAUACGUAGUCGGCAUGUAUCUCGAGACAGUGGAGAUUACCUCAUUGACACUCCAAACUCUGGUGAAGACGGCUUGCAUCCUUCUACCAUUGGCAUGCAUGGCGUAAAUGCCAAAGAGCUUCAGUCAGCACUACAAGGCCAUCAACAGCAUUCCCUUACUCAUGCAGAUAUAGCACUGAUUCUACUCGCUGAAAUUGCUUACGAGAACGACGAAGAUUUCCGUGAGCACUUGCCUCUGCUGUUCCAUGUCACUUUUGUCUCCAUGGACAGUUCGGAAGACAUCGUGCUGGAACACUGCCAGCACUUGCUCGUCAAUUUGCUCUACUCGCUCGCCGGGAGACAUCUGGAAUUGUAUGAAGUGGAAAAUAGCGAUGGAGAGAACAAACAGCAGGUGGUCAGUCUAAUAAAGUACGUACAAUCGAAGCGAGGAAGCAUGAUGUGGGAGAAUGAGGACCCCACAGUUGUUCGACCAUCUCUCCCGAGUGCAGCACUUCUAUCAGCACUAGUACAGAGCAUGGUCGAUGCUAUCUUCUUCCAAGGAGAUCUCCGUGAGACUUGGGGUGCUGAAGCUCUCAAGUGGGCCAUGGAGUGCACAUCGAGACACUUGGCUUGCCGGUCCCACCAGAUCUACCGUGCACUCCGACCCAGUGUAACGAGUGACACGUGUGUCUCCCUCCUUAGAUGUCUUCACAGGUGUCUUGCUAACCCUGUUCCCCCGGUCUUAGGAUUCAUAAUGGAAAUCUUGCUUACUCUGCAAGUAAUGGUGGAGAAUAUGGAGCCAGAGAAGGUGAUACUCUACCCUCAACUGUUCUGGGGCUGUGUUGCAAUGAUGCACACCGACUUCGUUCAUGUCUACUGCCAGGUCCUCGAGCUCUUCUCUCGAGUCAUCGACAGGUUAUCUUUCCGUGACCGGACUACCGAGAAUGUCCUCCUUUCCAGCAUGCCUCGUGACGAGCUGGACACCAGCGGCGGUGAUAUAACUGGUGAUUUCCAACGAAUGGAAUCAUCAUCAUCAAUGGGGACCCUCCCAACAUUCGAAGGUGUGCAGCCUCUUGUCCUCAAAGGUCUAAUGUCAACGGUUAGCCAUGAUACCUCCAUCGAGGUCCUGUCGAGGAUAACAGUCCACUCCUGUGAUUCCAUAUUUGGGGAUGGAGAGACUCGCCUUCUCAUGCAUAUCACUGGGUUGCUCCCAUGGCUCUGCUUGCAGCUCAACAAAGACACAACAAAAGCGUGCUCAGUGGCGAACAACAUAGCUGUGUGGUGUCGAGCCAAGUCACAGGAUGAGUUGGGAACGGUGUUCGUGGCCUACGCCCGAGGAGAGCUUCGGAGCAUUGAGAAUCUUCUCGGCUGUGUGUCACCGUUGUUAUGCGCAGAGUGGUUUCCGAAGCACUCAGCGUUGGCAUUCGGGCACUUGCUUCGGCUGCUGGAGAGAGGGCCAGUGGAGUUCCAGAGGGUCAUACUGCUCAUGCUCAAGGCUUUGCUGCAGCACACUCCAAUGGAUGCUUCGCAGAGUCCUCAUAUGUACGCAAUCGUGUCUCAGCUGGUUGAGAGCACCCUUUGCUGGGAGGCACUUAGCGUGUUGGAGGCUCUUCUACAAAGCUGCAGUAACUUACCCGGCGGUGGUGGGUCCCACCUGCACGAAGCUGGUGGUGGAGAGAAUGGUGGUGAUUUUGGUUUGGCAGGGGUUCAGACGUCGUUCAAGGCUCGGAGUGGGCCACUACAGUAUGGGCUGGGUUCGGGAUUGUUUGCAGCAGCAGGAGUUUCACCGUGGGGCAGUCAAGGCGGAGGAGGUGUUGAGACGGGGAUUCCAGCGAGGGAGGUCGCUCUGCAGAACACUCGGCUUAUACUUGGGAGGGUGCUGGAUAAUUGUGCGCUAGGGAGGAGACGGGAUUACAAACGGCUGGUUCCAUUUGUAAACAACAUCAGCUCGUGA